AGCGGGCUGGAGCUACUCUCAGCGAGCGCCGCCUGCGCUUCCGGGGCCUGGAGCUUCGCUCUAGUUCUUCCCUGUAGGCGGCGCGGGAGGGAAAAGUUUGCGGGGCAGUGCUGGGAGGAUCACCUCCUCCUCCCAAUGUGAGCAGUUUCCCCGAACACUCUUCAGGAGCAGGUUACCCAGAGAGGUGGCGGACGGGAACAUGAGGCAGAGUCUCCUCUUCCUGACCACUCUGGUGCCUCUCGUCCUGGCGCCCCGACCUCCUGCGGACCCGGGCUCUGGCUCCCACCCGCGACUUGAGAAACUUGAUUCUUUGCUCUCAGACUACGAUAUCCUCUCUUUGUCUAAUAUCCAGCAGCACUCCGUAAGGAAGAGGGACCUACAGUCUGCGGCACACUUAGAAACACUACUAACUUUUUCAGCUUUGAAAAGGCAUUUUAAAUUAUACCUGACAUCAAGUACUGAACGCUUUUCACAAAACUUGAGAGUCGUGGUGGUGGAUGGAAAAGAAGAAAGCGAGUACAGUGUGAAAUGGCAGGACUUCUUCAGCGGGCACGUGGUCGGUGAGCCUGACUCUAGAGUUCUAGCCCACAUAGGAGAUGAUGAUGUUACAAUAAGAAUCAACACAGAUGGGGCAGAGUAUAACAUAGAGCCACUUUGGAGGUUUGUUAAUGAUACUAAAGACAAAAGAAUGUUAGUUUAUAAGUCUGAAGAUAUCAAGGAUGUUUCACGUCUGCAGUCUCCAAAAGUGUGUGGCUAUGUAAAAGCGGAUAAUGAAGAGUUGCUUCCGAAAGGGCUCAUAGACAGAGAACCAUCUGAAGAGUUUGUUCGUCGAGUGAAGAGACGAGCUGAGCCUAAUCCCUUGAAGAAUACUUGUAAAUUACUGGUGGUAGCAGAUCAUCGAUUUUAUAAAUACAUGGGCCGCGGAGAAGAGAGCACCACCACCAAUUACUUAAUAGAGCUAAUUGACCGAGUGGAUGACAUAUACCGGAACACUUCGUGGGAUAAUGCAGGAUUUAAAGGUUAUGGAAUACAGAUAGAACAGAUUCGAAUUCUCAAGUCUCCACAAGAUGUAAAACCUGGUGAAAGACACUUCAAUAUGGCAAAAAGUUACCCAAAUGAAGAAAAAGAUGCCUGGGAUGUGAAGAUGUUGCUAGAGCAAUUCAGCUUUGAUAUAGCUGAAGAAGCAUCUAAAGUCUGCCUGGCUCAUCUUUUCACAUACCAGGAUUUUGAUAUGGGAACUCUUGGACUAGCUUACGUGGGUUCUCCCAGAGCAAACAGUCACGGAGGGGUUUGCCCGAAAGCUUACUACAGCCCAGGUGGGAAGAAAAACAUCUAUUUGAACAGUGGUUUGACUAGUACAAAAAAUUAUGGUAAAACCAUCCUUACAAAGGAAGCUGACCUGGUUACAACUCAUGAAUUGGGACACAAUUUUGGAGCAGAACACGAUCCUGAUGGGCUAGCAGAAUGUGCCCCAAGUGAGGACCAGGGAGGAAAGUACGUUAUGUACCCCAUAGCUGUGAGUGGUGACCAUGAGAACAAUAAGAUGUUUUCAAACUGCAGUAAACAAUCCAUCUACAAAACCAUAGAAAGUAAGGCUCAGGAGUGCUUUCAGGAGCGCAGCACCAAGGUGUGUGGUAACUCCAGGGUGGAUGAAGGAGAAGAGUGUGAUCCGGGCAUCCUGUACCUGAACAACGACACCUGCUGCAAUAGUGACUGCACGCUCAAGCCUGGUGUGCAGUGCAGUGAUAGGAACAGUCCUUGCUGUAAAAAUUGUCAGUUUGAGACAGCCCAGAAGAAGUGCCAGGAGGCUAUUAAUGCUACUUGCAAAGGCGUGUCUUACUGCACAGGGAAUAGCAGUGAGUGCCCCCCACCAGGAGAUGCGGAAGAUGACACUGUGUGCUUGGACCUUGGCAAGUGCAAGGCUGGAAAAUGCAUUCCCUUCUGCAAGAGAGAGCAGGAGCUGGAGUCAUGUGCGUGCAUCGACACUGACAACUCAUGCAAAGUGUGCUGCAGGAACCUCUCUGGCCCCUGUGUGCCCUAUGUCGAUGCAGAGCAGAAGAACUUAUUUUUGAGAAAAGGGAAGCCCUGUACAGUGGGGUUUUGCGACAUGAAUGGCAAAUGUGAAAAACGAGUACAGGAUGUAAUUGAGCGAUUUUGGGAUUUCAUUGACCAAUUGAGCAUCAACACUUUCGGAAAGUUUUUGGCAGACAACAUCGUAGGGUCCGUCCUGGUUUUCUCCUUGAUAUUCUGGAUUCCUUUCAGCAUUCUUGUCCACUGUGUGGAUAAGAAACUGGACAAACAGUAUGAAUCCCUGUCUCUGUUUCACCACAGUAACAUUGAGAUGCUGAGCAGCAUGGAUUCGGCGUCUGUUCGCAUCAUCAAGCCUUUUCCUGCACCCCAGACUCCAGGUCGUCUGCAGCCCCUGCAGCCGGCCUCCAUGAUGCCGCCAGUGUCUGCGGCUCCCAAACUGGACCACCAGAGGAUGGACACCAUCCAGGAAGACCCCAGCACAGACUCGCAUGUGGACGACGAUGGCUUUGAGAAGGACCCCUUCCCCAACAGCAGCGCAGCUGCCAAGUCCUUUGAGGACCUCACAGACCACCCAGUCACCAGGAGUGAGAAGGCGGCUUCCUUUAAGCUGCAGCGCCAGAACCGAGUUGACAGCAAGGAGACAGAGUGCUAGUGAGGAGCCUCGCCCUGCUCCGGGACAUACAUGCGCAGAUGCUCUAAGAGCUGACCUAAACCAAACAAUGCCCCCAGGAACACGCAAGCAACCUAGCAGAUGCUGGUCAUACGACAUGACCUUCACAUGACAUCCUGUGUAGGUGUAGGCCUUUUGAAGGGGUGAGGUAAAUCUGGCUCAUUUCAGGUUUGGGUUUUUUUUAUAAUCUAAAAUCUCCUUUGUGCAAAAACAGAAACUAAGGCUGGAGUCCUUGGUGACAGCGCUGACCACCUGCAGUCUGUCUCUCUGUACACUGUAAUGGGUGCCUGGCCACAGUUCUUAGUGAGGGUAACUGGAACAAACAGACUUAUCUCUUUGCCUUUAAGUAAAAGCAGAGGAACCUGGUUAUAUGUACAUUGUCCUCUAACGUGGCCUGUCUUGGCACUGGAACACUUAGGACCAUACUGACUUAAGGAUGGUCCUGUCCAAGAUGAAGACUCGAGCUUCAGGUGAGGUCUGCAGUAACAGCCACGUGCGCGUAGAGAUGGCCUACAAAGUGUUAGAAGACAAUUCAAUAUUGAGCUGCAGAGUUGGCCCCAUCUGUUAUGAGCUCUGUACUCCAGUCCCAGGGGAUCAGAUGCCCUCUUCUGACCUCUGCGGCACCAGGCAGACACGUGGUGCACAGACAUGCAGGCAAAAUACUCACAUAAAAUAAAAAGAAAUUUCGGUAUCCACGAAUCCUAUCCUGCCUCAACCCCCAAUGGGAAGGAUGUGGCUGCUGUGUCAGCUCCUGAGUGAGCAGGCGCUCUUACAGGCCACCGGGGGCUGCCACUCUCCACCUGGGGCCCAGCCCCAGCAAGUAGGUCCUCACACGACCUCUGGCUCUAGUGCGUCAGGAUCCUGGGUGCUCUGUACUUACCGUGUGAAGGAUGAAAGCCAUUAGCCUGGAUUCUGGUUUCUAUAAAGUCUACUUACAAAAGCUUUUGUUCUAAGAAUCGAAAUGUGCUCACCAGCCAACACGUUUUAACCAAGAUAACUUGUAAUCUCUGAGGACAACUAACCAGACCUGUGCCAUGUCUCUCCGAGGAUGUCUGUUACACUAAUACUUGAACGUGUACCUUGUGGUAUUUGCUCUUAACUAGCCAUGGUAGCCUUAUAUUUGAGGAUUUGCUAUAAGGUGAGUACGGUGUGUGGGUGUUUGUAUGAAUCAAAGUUUUGGCAGACCAUAAGAAAACCAUUUUUAUAAAAUUAUGAGUUUUUAAACAAACCAAAAAUGUCUUUUUUUUUUUGGCCAUAUACAGGAUUAACAAGCUGCUCAGGGUAUAUUCUGUAGCUGUGGCUGUUUCAAUAAAUAACAUUUCCCUGAAAAAUA